GGGUUGACGCUUAGACAUGGCGCAGGGAUAUCGCUACGAGUUCUGCUUCUUGUUGGUUCUUAUUGACAUGAUUCAUUCAGCCACUGGUCAAUUUAACUUAACUGCAUCUGGACCAUAUGGAAUUGUUGGGUCACCUUUUACAUUCACCUGUAGGAAUGAUUAUCCUCCCGAGGUUACCUGGUUUGUGAAUGAUACAGAGUACACGAUGCAUUACCAUCCAGGAGGUCGAUGCCACUCUCGCUUGUCUCUUCCGACAAACUACACUUUCAACUGUUCCAAAAGAAUAUUUACGCUAACAAUCAACUCUGUGAACAUCAGUCAGCACGGAACAGUUUGGCGAUGUGGUUUUAGACGUGGACCACCAGAGAGCAAUACAAUAGUGUUGGAAGUUCGAGGUGGCCCAGGUUCAGUCAAUAUACGGAACACCUUCAUCAAGUACAGGAUAUAUUCCCAUGGAAGAGGUGAAUGUGAUAUUGAUAUUUUGCUACACAUUCGGAGAAACUACACUUUCAACUGUUCAUAUGAACUCUUUACCCUAACAAUAAACUCUGUGAACAUCCACCAGCACAGAACAGCAUGGCGAUGUAGAGGGUUUCCUUGGGAAUCAACGAGCAACACAGUAGUGCUAGAAGUUCGAGACGGUCCUGGUUCAACAGUGCGAGUGAACACACCGUCUGUAUUAAUUCCCGAAGAAGGAAGUGACGUAGCAGUGUCAUGCGCAGCAGACUGUUUCCUCCGAUGUGACUUCACGUGGACGUUCAACAACAAGACAAUAAGCAACUUAAGCAUUCUUUCUCUAUCCGGAAUUAACAGAACACAGAAUGGAACUUACACGUGCACCGCUGUCAAUCCAGAUAUACGACAAUCGGCAAACACAUCAGUAUACGUGGAUGUGCUGUACCAACCUGUUAUUAAGUUGUUGCAGUUAAAGAAACCCGACACUAAAGCUGUUGUUGACGAAGUAAGACCCAUCACACUGAUAUGUGUUGUCGACAGCAACCCAACAUCUAGCAUGAAGCUGUUCAGGGACAGACAACUCGUACGACAGAUGACGAAUGUGACGAGUCUGGAAUACACCUGGCGCGAAGCUCUGUGUCAAACCUCCGGGACGUACUCGUGUGAAGCAGAAAACAGCGUGAAGUCACCGGCCAAGAAAACCACGGAACUGGUUGUUGAAUGUUUUCCUGGUAAAGAAGACGGUCGGUUCGCGGCAGGUUUUGGGGCAGGGAUUGGAACAACAGUUGCCCUACUCCUGCUAUGUGCAGCAGCCGUCCUUUUGUACUUCCGGGUGAAGAAAUCUCGAAAACAUAAGCAGGAGAAAACCUCGAGCAGAAACACGGAACAGCAGCUAUACAGUAAUGCAGCUUUUGGUAAUCAAGACGAGUCUGCUAGACCGGAAGCUCACGCUGCACCGGAAGCUGAUAAUACUGUAUACUCAUCGCUUGGCGCAGCAGGUUCUGAGUCACCCUAUGAAGGUCUUACAUUUGAUAACAGAACACAAGAAGUGACGUACGAAAACGUACAGAAGUGAACGCUGUUGAUUGGUUCCUUUCAUCAGACUUGAACUCAGUUCACUUGGUGAACUGCGACUAGAGAUAUGCUGAUAUCAUAAAGCAGCAGGUGUUGACAAAGUAGUUAACGAAUACAUUAAGUCAACCGCUACGUUGCUGAUGCCAGUUUAUGUUAAACUUUUUAAUACUAUUUUUGAUAAUGGAGUCUUACCAGAUGAAUGGCAUAUCGGUAUUAUUAUAACAAUGUUUGAAAACAAAGAAAAUUACCGACGAAUCACAUUACUUUGCUGCUGCUCACAACUUUAAUUAGUAACCGUUUAAGUUUAUUCAUUGAGGAAAAUAAUACGAUUAGUGAGGCCCAGACCGCGUUCCGUAAAGGCUACUCAACUACAGACCAUAUUUUUACAUUACGUCACUUAAUAGAUAUCUUGAAAAAAAUAAAAAUAAAUUGCGGUUUUGUGGAUUUAAAAAAAACAUUCGACACGGUACCUAGAAUACAGCUCUGGCAUAAACUACCACAGCAUAACAUAACCGGUAAUUUUUUUAGAAUUAUCCAUCAAAUGUAUCAAGGCGUUAAAUCAAUGAUUGUCGUAAAUAAUCAGCAAUCUACUUUAUUCCCAUGUAACAACGGUAUCCGUCAAGGUGAAAAUUUAUCCCCUAUUCUAUUCUCCCUGUAUUUUUAUGAUUUAGAAGAUUAUUUAUCUAGCCAUGGAUGUGAAAGGGUUUCCCCUACAGGAGACAACCAAGAUCACACAAUAGAUAUUGCUUUACACAUGCGUUGCUUGUUAUAUGUAGACGGAGCUGCCCUAUUAUCAACCACUGCAGCAGACCUCCAACACACCUUAAAUAUGUUUUAUCAAUAUUGCAAUAAAUGGAAACUUAAAAUAAACGGAAACAAAACAAAAAUAUUGAUAUUUAACACUAGAGGUUAUAAACAUAAUUUUAAGAUUGGAAAAAUACAUUUGAACCUGUGAAAGAAUACAAAUAUUUAGGAAUUGCUUUUACAAAAUUAAACAACUUUCGAAUUACUAAGAAUAGACUUAAACAACAGGCUACCAAGGCCAUGUACUUUGUACUAUCAAAAUCAAAGGACAACUAUCUAUCAACCGAAUGAUAACUUAAAAUGAUCCACUUAAUGGUUCUCCCAGUUUUAUUAUAUGGAUGCGAAAUAUGGGGAUACGAAAAAGUUGAUAUAUUUAAUUCUGUACAAAUAAACUUUCUAAGACACAUCAUACCUGUUGAAAACGCAACACCAAUAUUUAUACUUUAUGGAGAAUUAGGGACAAUGCCAGUCGAGUUAACUAUAUAUAGAAGAAUGGUAUGUUACUGGGCGCGACUGAUAUCAGGAAAACAAUCAAAAUUGUCUGCUCUUUUAUACAAAAUUAUGUUAAAUGGCCACGUUACUAACGGAACUAACUAUAACUGGAUUAAUACUGUUAAAACACACUGACUAAUUUGGGAAUGGGUGAUAUCUGGAUAAGACUAUCUUUCACAUCAGUAAAUUGUCUCUCACAACAAAUUAAACAAAGACAAUGCGAUCAGUAUUUACAAACAUCGAAAAAUACCAUAUCACAGUCAUCGAGAGGCAACUAUUUUUCGAAGGCUAUAUUAAUAAACUACCAGAAAAACUGUGGACAACACUUAAAAUAUAGAACGUCUAACCAUUACCUACCCGUUGAAAUUGGACGUCGGAAUAACAUACUCAUAGAAGAUAGAAUGUGUACACUAUGUAAUGCAAUGGACAUUGGCGACGAGUUCCAUUAUGUUUUGAUUUACCUUUUUUUUCAUAAUUGAAGUCCAGUUGCUACGCGACCAAGUACUUAUAAAUUUAGAGAACUAAUGGAGAAUAAACGAAUUAGUACCUAAAGAAAUUAGCAUGAUUCAUAAAUAUAAUAAUUAAUUAAUCCAAACGCCCUUGACUACAAACCAAACAUAUUUAAUAAAAUAUUAUCAUUAUCCACUGCACCAUAUACAAGUUUAACAAUCUAUUCGUUUAUAAGUACUUGAAUACCCGUAUUUCUGUAUUAAAUAUGUGUGUUAUUAUAUAAUAUAUUAAUAU